AUGGAACAACGGGGCAGUAUGAGCUUCGAUCAAGCUGGUAAAGAUUUCGUUAAUACAGUAAGAUUGAUUCUAUCCAUAGGUUUGUAUAAUUCACCAAAACGAGGUUCUUUCCGCAUUUUUUUGGCUAUAUCAUUAUGGUGUUUUUUCAUUUUAAAUUUCUCUACUCAAGCAGCCAUAAUAUCAUUCUUUUCUGCUUCUAAGCGAGGCAAAGAAGUGGAUUCGUAUGAUGACAUUGUACAAAAGGGCUAUAUUAUUGAAGGUAUGGCAUCACCUGACGUGAUUCUGCCUGAUGAUAAAGAUGUAUUUCGUAAGAUAAAUUCCAGACUUGUACCUAAUAAAGAUUUGUUUGGUUGCGUUAGUAAAAUGAAUAAUGAUACCCGUAGAUUUUGUUUGCUCGACUGCGCGGUCUCUAAAUAUUUGGAAAGAAAUAAAAUGAACGACAAGGGACAACAGUUCUUGCACGUUGCUAAAGACAGGGCUCACAGUCAUUAUCUAAAUAUGAUUUUGCAGAAGAACUCCGCAAUCACGGAGAUUUACAACAAAUAUGUUUUGGCAAUCGUUGAAGCAGGUUUAGUUACAAAAUGGGAGCAAUAUAGAUACAAUGACAUCAAGGAAGAGGCUCCGGUAAGACCAAUGGGUUGGGAUGACGUUGAAGGAAUUUACAAAUGCUAUGUUUUGUUUCUAGUGUUGAGCUUCAUUAUAUUCACAUGUGAAGUGUCAAUAGCAGUCUUGUUCAAAAUAAAGAAACACAUUUACAAAAAGAUUAAGGAAUGGAGAAAACACAUACCUAAAAACCAUAUAAAACUUAAGUAG